AUGGAGACAGUGUUGAAGUCUCACUGUGAUGAACAGCACCCUCAUCAGGCUGAAGACUUCCAUGGGAAACAUGAGCAGAACAGCAAGCUUUCAGGAAUAAAAAAAGAUAUUGAAAAACUUUAUGAAGCAGUGCCACAGCUUGUAAAUGUGUUCAAAAUUAAGGAAAAAAUUGGAGAAGGUACUUUCAGUUCUGUUUACUUGGCCACAGCCCAACUACAAACAGGAUACGAGGAAAAAAUGGCUCUGAAACACUUGAUUCCAACCAGCCACCCUCUGCGAAUUGCUGCUGAACUUCAGUGCCUCACAGUAGCAGGGGGACAAGAUAACGUUAUGGGAGUUAAAUAUUGCUUUAGGAAAAAUGAUCAUGUGGUUAUUGUUAUGCCAUAUCUGGAACAUGAAUCCUUCUUGGACAUUUUGAAUUCUCUUUCCUUUGAAGAAGUGAGGGAAUACAUGUUUAAUCUGUUUAAAGCGUUGAGGCGCAUUCAUCACUUCGGUAUUGUUCACCGUGAUGUCAAGCCCAGUAACUUCCUCUACAACAGGCGGCUAAAAGAGUAA